AUGAGGAUCCAGCGGCAUAUUGUGUUGGGUCUGCUCGGUGUGCUCUCUGUGGCGAUUGCUGGCAGUCAAUCUAAAGCUGUGGUAGAUCAACAGGUCGCCGACUCUCAGGUGAGCAGCAAAAGCGUUGCCCAGCAACGCAUUGACUUUGGUCUCAGUGACCAUAUUGUCCAUGAGCAUCAUGUGCAUGAGCAUCACGAGCAUCAUGAACAUCAUGAUCCUGGUUAUUGGAAGAAGAAAGUAAUCUGGAAAGAAGGCUGGAAGAAAAUCUGGAAUCCAGCCAAAAAGCAAAUAUGGAAUCCCUCAUGGAAGAAGAUCUAUAAGCCGCAUUGGGUAAAGGUGCCCGGCUGGAAAGAGAUUCAAGUUCCCGCCUGGAAGCAAAUUUGGGUGCCCCAUUGGAAGGAGAUCUUAGUGCCCGCCUGGAAGGAGAUUCAAGUGCCAGACUGGAAACAAUAUUGGACACCAGAAUUGGUCAAGGUUGGCAUUCCCGGUGAGAAAUAUUUGGGCAAGGAUCACGAUGGUUGGGAAUACACUAGCCAUGAUCUUUGGAAGAAGAAAGUUGUUUGGAAAUCCCAUUGGAAAAAGAUCUGGAAGCCAGCCAAAAAACAAAUCUGGGUGCCCGAAAAGAAAUUGGAAUGGAAAGAAGCCUGGAAACAAUACUGGAAACCAGGCAAAAAACAAAUCUGGACCGAUAAAUUGGAAUGGAAAGAGGCAUGGAAACAAAUUUGGGUGCCCGGCUGGAAAGAAAUCUGGGUGCCAGGAUGGAAGAAAAUCUGGAAGCCCGUUGUCAUUUCCGAAUGGUUCCCCUCACCCGAUCAUCAUGAUCAUCAUCAUCACGAUGCUGGCUUCGAUUGGGAUCGCAAAGACGAUGCCAAAGACAAGGAUAAAGUCGUAUGGAAACGGGAUGAUGCCAAUGCUGCAGCCGGUGUACAGCCAACGCCAGUGAAACCAACCCAAUUGAAGGCAGUCGAUAGUGCCGAUUUCCGACCCACAAAGACAUCACCAGCCGCCGCCACGCAAUCAUUCAAAUUUCCGGGUGCGUAAAGCGCAGGAAACCUGGAAGUAGCCAUCAGCAUCAG